AUGGGUUUGCCGCUAAUGAGCCUGAAAACGACUCCGGGCAUCGUCCUGCUGAUGCUGUUCCACGUCUGUUUGGUGACGUGCAGCGUCGCGAGCAAUGUGCUGCUGCUCGUGGCCCUCCUCAACGCGAGACACCUCUUGAGAAAGAACAACUACAUUUACACGUUCAGCAUCACACUGAGCGACCUCGUGGUCAGCGCCUCCUGGUUCUACUACGUCUUCUACAAACGGCAUUCACGGUUCAAUCCCUUUCACGACGCCGUGAACUUAGUGUUGGUCAUCCACGGCAUAUCGCUCAUCACCAUUCUGGCCGCCAUGAUUGACAGGUACUUAGCGGUGCAGCACCCGUUCAGGUACAAGCAGAUGAUGACGAGGACCAAGGUCCUGUUCGUCAUCGUCUUCAUCUGGCUGUGGCCUCUCGUGACGACGGUCGCCAGGGCGUACUCGCAGAACGCGUCCGCGUCCCUCGGCUAUUCCAUCAUCGUGUUUUCGAUCGUGAUGUUCGGAGUGAUGUCGAUCGUGAACGUGAAACUCUACAUCGUCACCAAGCGGCAACAACGGAGGGAGCCGCGGGCAAAGGGAGCGUCCAGGCAGCGCUACGCGUGGCUCAUUAUCAUCGCGUCCAUGGUGUUUCUGAUCCUCUGGACCCCCAGCAUGAUACACUCGGGCACGUGCUACACGUUCGAUUUAUGCAUUCCGUUCUACAGCUUAGCGGCGGAUCCCCUCUCAGUGCUUCGCGCAAUGAACACGCUCACCACGCCUCUCAUUUUUCUGCUCGGCAGUCCACUGACAAGGUCGUCUCUCAAGGACUUGCUGCACAAAUUGAGAUGCAAAAGGUGA